GAACUUUGGAGAUAAGAAUCAGCUGUUGUCGUGAUAUAUGUCCCAUACAAAAUGAUCGGGUCAGUCAUUAACUUCAUUUCCUUGGGUGCAGUUGUCAUCGUCUCUGCCCAGCCCGAGUCAUGUCCCCAUGGCUGGAUACAGCGUGGUUCGUCUUGCUAUGCGUUUAUUAAUGAUGUCAAGGAGGAUUGGAUGGUGGCUAUGUCUUACUGCAACGGUAUCCAUGCAAAAUUGGUGGAAAUUGAAACAGUAGCUGAGAAUGAAUUUAUCCGUCUUCAUUUAAUGGACAACAAUUUACAAGGUGAAUAUAUGAUUGGGCUCUCUGACGUCCUACUAGAGGGAGAUUGGGUAUGGACGUCCUCCCAAACAAAUCCAAUCUACAGUGAUUGGUAUCCCGGGCAACCGGACAACUAUCAUACUCAUGAAGAUUGCGCAAUUUUGUGGAGAGAACACGGAUAUCACUGGAACGAUGCUCCGUGCACUGUACCUUACAAUUUCAUCUGCGAGAAAGAACUGAGCGAUGGUACCGACAUCAUUGGUUGAUUAAGAAAUGAAGUAUCUGUAUGCAGGAAAGUCUACUAAAGGAUUGCCAUUUAA